ACUCGGUGUACUGUUUACCGUAUUUAUUUUCCUUAUUUUAAAACCAGGAAUCAGUGACCGCGUCUUCCACCAAGCAGCUACUGAACAUGUUCCUUGCAUUUAAAUGUUAAUUAUUUCAUCCAAACGCCGUCUUACACAUUUCCGACGCCAAAACCAGGAAGCCGCCGCCAACAGAGAGUAACUGGACGUGUCAUCCCUGAGCUCUUCCUUCAAUAACCGAUUUUGAGCUAUAUAUACAGGUUGGUGAUGGAGGCUAGCGUCGCUUGCAAGUUGCAGUGUUCUGUAUGGAUUGAUCCCGGAAAGUUUGCGAGGAAUCCGAGCGGUUCCGUGAGGUUUAAUGCGAGCUUAAGACGAAAUGAGAAGAUUCCGGUGCUUAUUUCAGCUCAAAUGCAGCCUCAGGGUAUUCCAAAUCGGCACAGAUCCGUCUCUCUGAAAGCAUCUUGUUCGUUCGAGAAUUUUCCCGGUACAUUCCCUUUUAGGCUUACACUAACUAUACCGAUUGAAAAGUUAUUGCAGUUUUUUUUACUGAUUUUGUGAAUUAGAAUGUUAUGAUGUUUGGAAUUAUUCUAUGUAGGAAACAGAAAUCAGGGAUAAAUGGUUGGAAAUAAAAGGUUUGAUUCUUAAAGACCAGGGACAACAGUAUGAAAUAUUUGGAGAUACAUAUGAUUUUGCUGUAAAGUUCGCUUCUUGCCCAGAAAACAGAAAGAACUCCUCAAACAAUAUCGGAAACUGAAAGCUUUCAUUCUUCUUUUGAUGAAGCUUUAAUUUUGAAGAAUAAGUCACAAGAGAUUGAACCAUAUUUAAAUGGGCGUUCAAUAUAUCUGGUUGGAAUGAUGGGCUCCGGAAAAACAACAGUGGGGCAGAUUCUGUCUGAAGUACUUAGUUAUUCUUUUUUUGAUAGGUUUGUGCUAUUACUGCCAGUGUUUCAAGCUCAUCUAGUCAAAAAAAUAUUCAUUCUCAAUAAGCUAGUCAAAAAAUGAGGGAAAAGUUUAUUGUACUUUAGUGAGGAAGCACAUCACAAAUUUAAUUUCUUCGUAAUCAGUGGUUUCACUUUAGUAAUGUGAAAACAAUCCCAGUAACAUGGAGGGCUCUGGGAUCAUGCACUGAAUAAUUGUACAUCUUGCUUGUUCAGAUUAGGUGAGGACAAUUUGAUGGUCCAGUCUACUUUCAGCAUGUAGGAAUUUUAGUUGAUCUUGACUUAUGCAAAUAGUCCUCAUUGCUGCAUAUCUACCUUUUUCCUUUGUGGUAUCCACUAUAUAUUCAGCAAACAGGCUCUUUAACUUCUAGUUAAUUAGUAUCUGCAAUUUACAUUUUCAGUGACUCAUUAGUGGAGCAGGAGGUUGAUGGAACUUCUGUGGCUGAUAUAUUUCAGCUCUUUGGAGAGGGUUUCUUCAGAGAUAAGGAGACUGAGGUAUUGCGUAUGCUGUCUUUAAGGCAUCAUCUUGUUGUUUCUACUGGUGGGGGUGCAGUCAUACGGCCCAUCAACUGGUAUGAAUGAAUACAGUAAUUAUAAUAGUAGAGCUUCUUCUCGUCAUGGGUUCAUUUUCUGUAACCUCAGUAAUAAAAAUCUGCAAGUGCCCUCUUUGUUUUAUCAGGAAAUAUAUGCAUAAGGGAAUUAGUGUCUGGUUGGAUGUACCUUUGGAGGCCUUGGCAGAGAGAAUUGCUGCAGUAGGUACCCAUUCUCGCCCCCUUUUGCAUCACGAAUCAGAUGAUGCAUACUUGAAGACAUUGAAGCGUUUAUCUUCUCUUUGGGAAGAAAGGGUUGAAGCAUAUGCGAAUGCGAAUGCCAGGGUCUCCUUAGAAAGUACGUAUGCUUCAGCCUAUUUGUGCCUAUUUGUCAACAAUUUAAGAUUUCCAUUUUUUAUUUGUUUCAAUUUACUUUUCAAAAAGGAUCUUCCAGAAGUAUAUUCAAGCUAGCAAUUUGGACUUUAGAGAGUUUAGGGAUAAGACUUUCAACCUUUUUACAAAUUUUCAUGACAAUUCAAUAACUUGAUCCUUCUUUCUUAUUCAUCUUUUUUUACAUCUCUUUUCUUUCUUUUUCCCCCUUAAGUCAUCGUUUUACUGUGAAGUAGCAGCCCGAUUAUGCCCUUUGCGUCUGUCAUUUACUUUGAUGACAAAAGUGUUCAAUUUUACAGAGAUUGCAAACAAACUAGGUCUUAGAGAUGUAUCAAGUCUCUCGCCAACUGCUAUAGCAAUUGAGGCACUGGAACAAAUUCAGGGCUAUUUAAAGGAAGAGUGGUGAGAUGGCAUCUGCAAGGUUAAAGUGUGGACAAGCUCUGAAACGUGGUCCUUUAAGUUUUCUCUGUAUAAUUUAUUAGUUUAGGCAAGCCAAAAACAAACGUGAUUGGGUUUGUUUGCAAUUUGGGCAUCGCAUGUGCAACGGUUCUAGUUUUAGUGGUGGAUCGUUUCACACGCUAUGCAUUUAAUUCAGCAUUAGUGGAGUAAGACAGGGUUUAGACACAUGAAUCUGGAUGUCACAAGUUGUACAUUUAUAGCGUGCGAAUGAAGAUUUUAAUGUUUGCAUAUCUUGGUUGGCAAUGUCUUGCUUAAAAGAGUAUGAAUCAAGCAGAUAAUCAGCA